AUAUUGCCCGACGAAGGUUAACGGGAACCCCAGUAACAUUACCGUUCGGUGAUGUUUAGGAGAAUCAUAUCUGAGAGAGAUUUGUAAAGUGUUUAGGUACCUUGCUUGAAGAUUUUAAAUUGUAGAAAAAUCUUGUAUCAUUACCCUGACUAGCACGUAACCACUGGUAACUAGUAAUGUACAUUCUUCUGCGAGAUUCAAGAAAUUCAAAACAUCAACCACACUUUCAUUUGGAUUUGAGACUGUUAAGUAAGACAUUGCUCUGUGCUGCCUGGGAGUCUCGAGAGUGAUAAGAGAAGAGUAGCUGCCUCGGAGAACGGAACAAUGGAUUGUGACCAAAUUUCUUCUCAAAGAAAACGUUUAGUCAUCUUAUUUGCUAGAGACCCAAGCACAGUAUGGAUAAUAGUGUCUCUUACGUAACCCAUGCCUCUGAGUGGUUAAGUGUUUGACGGACAAGAGAGCUUAGAGAACAUCCCUCAACCCGACAAAUACUGAUCGUAUAAACGUGGCUAUUCCUGGGAAUAAACGCGUCACAGAGAGCUUGCGUUGAUAUUUUCAAUUAAUGUUGGUAGUGUAGAAAGACAUUUGCAAUGUGACAAGGUGUAUGCCCGUGAAUUCCAUGCAUGAUGACAGAUGAUAACAAGGUGACGCGCAUGCAAAUCAAUAAUUCUCUUUUACGGUGUUUUGAAGAUGAUAGAAUGCCUUUUUGAAAUCCAUAGUAACCGCGAAGGAAACUAGUGUCACUAGUUCAAUCUCGAGUCUCAGUCUUAAAUCCAAGUCUCAGGCUUUGAAGGCAUUCGGCUUGUAGAUAACGAAGCCUUCUUCAGUGUUCAGGCGUGGAUUCACAGCCAACUGGAAACCUUUUUUGGAAAUGUCAUGAAAAUGCUUUCAGAAUGCUGGAAAAAAACGUAUCAAUUCUGGAGGGAGCAUGAUGAAUUGCAAGAAUAGGCAUUCAGACUUGUAAAAAUUGUAACCUUUUUUUGUCUAGGCAUCAAGAUCUAACGCAUAGGUAAGAUGAAUGAGAUUUUCUUCUUGACGUUUCACAUUAUAUUUCUUGCAUCACUGUCUCAAGCUGUAAACGAAACCGUAAAAGAAGAUGGUGAAUUGUUUCAAGGUAAACACCCCUCUCUGUAUAACUGUCCGGUAUUCGACUUGAAUCCAAAAUUCUAUACCAUUUUUCCCAACGGAACACUUUACAUAGAAUCUAUUAACACAACUUACAAUGAAUCCUUAUACAUUUUACAGGACAACGUCGUAUACAUUUCCAGUGGUUGUGAAAAUGAAACAGUAAAUGUAACAGAAAAUGAAGGAAUAAAAGAAGAAGAAUUUGAAGGCCCUUUGAAAUACUUAUCCCAAAUCGGAUUGGGUAUAUCCGUAGUGUGCUUGUUACUACAUUUACUAGUCUUCGCCCUUGUACCUCUUUUACGGAAUUUACCUGGAUAUAAUUUGGCAUCCCUUUGUUUGUCUCUUUUCAUAGGUUAUUUGUUCACAAUGAUCACCGACGACGAAAAUUUGAACAAAAACAAUCGGAAUUUAUGUAUAGCAUCCGCAGUUUUGAUCCAAUACUUUUUUAUAGCUUCCUUCCUGUGGAUGUCAGGGAUAGCUUUUAAUAUCUACAGAAGUCUUCUACAAGCAACCGGAAGUUUACGAAUCUGCCACAUAGAAUUCACAUUAAAGAAAUAUGGAUUCUACUGCGUGUUUUCAUGGGGAAUUUCAAUGGUGUUUGCUGCUGCUGCUUUAAUAGCUGACAACGUAAGUGAUUUUCCUGAACUUUACCAGCCACGGUUUGAAAGGACCUGCUGGUUCUUUCAUAAAGAAUCUAACUUAGUAUUUUUCGUUGGCCCAAUUUUUAGUUUGAUUAUAUUUAAUCUUAUAAUUUUUGUUAUCAGUGCAUACAUCAUAUUCUCAAACAGAAUGAAAUAUGUCGACAGCAACAAUAAAAUGCUUUUGAAAAAGCAUGCUUUGAUAUAUUUCAGACUGUUCGUUAUCAUGGGCGUCACCUGGAUUGUGAAACUUUUGGCUGCUGUGAUGAACGCUCUUUGGCUGUGGUACAUUUCUACUGUACUGAACACCUUCCAAGGUUUAUUUAUAUUCCUGGCAUUCACCUGCAGAAGAAAAGUGAAAAAUCAUUUAGUAACACGUGUCUUUGGAAGCUGGAAAAAAUCACAGCCUGCCUUAAAACCAACUUUCCAAUCUUAUUGCUUUUAUGAGAACUCAAUCAAAAUGGAUCUACAUAAGACUGCAGAUAUUGGCAAAGAAAAUAUUUCUAUGGAUACUGUAGUAAUGCACAUUUGAAUAAGAACAAAUGCCUGAUAAUGGAAAAAAAUAAAAAUCUGGUAAUGCCUCUGCUCCCGAAAAUAUUUCACGAUCUCAAAUUAAGCCAUAGUUUAUGCACUAUUGUUUCAUUCAAAUGGUUCAUAACUGUAUUUACUUUUGAAUGUGAUUAUGUAACCUUAUUAAUUGUCAUUUCAUAAUGCGCUUCAGUUUCAUUAAGUAAUUAUAUGCCUUUACUUUGUCUUUUUUACUAAUUUGUUUACAACCUAUAAAUAUACUAGGAGGCGAAUUAAAAUUUGAAUUCUGUAAAUAUGUUGCUUGUAACUUGUCUAAUAAAGAUAUUUUUCAGUUAAA